GAAAAAGGAAGGAGUGAGGAAGAAAUGGGGAAGAAAUCGGAAAAGGAAAACACAUGCCAACGGAAUGAUGGCCGCCUCGCCUCCGUAACAUCGCCAUGAAUGCCGACUUUCUAAGCAGAUCCUGCAUGUUACCCGCGAGAACUGAAACUCCCCAAAAGAAAAAAAAAAAAAACUCAUAAAGAGGAAAGAGAAAAAGUGCAGCUGGGGCGCCACCCACCAACCAUGGUUUUUUAAUAAAAAGAAGAGAGAGAGAGAGAGAGAGAGAGAGAGGCAGAGUUUUUCCUCGCCUCUGUGUUGCUGCGCAGUAACAGAGUCUGCACUAGUAAUAACCAUGGCUCCUCCCAGAGGCAGCAGAGUCACAGCACCCUUCUUCACUCUCUUUCUUCUUCUCAAGAGUCAUCUUCGCACUUUCAGUAGUGACAGCGUCCCAGUCAUUUUUCCACAUUAAUCAUCCCUGAUACCUUUGCUGUCCUAUCGACGUUGACCUGAAUGGACUCCCCACUUUGAGAGAGCCACCAUCCUCUUCCUCCUCCACCUGUUUACAGAGCAAUGUGGACUUCGUUUCUUUGCUUACUCACCACUCAGGUUCCCUCAUCUCCAUCUCUUAUCCGCUCUGGUGAGUGAACAGCUUUGUUGGUGUUAGUGGUAGAAGGCAGCGGAGGCUGAGCUUUAGAAUGGCAGCUGCACAGGCGGCGCGGGCUGCAUCUUUGCUUCCCUUCUGUCGGCUUUUCUUCUUCUUCCUCUUCAGCUACCUUUGCUUUUCCUCUUCCGCUGUUCGCUCCCUCUCCCAAGAAGGCCUUUUCUUGCUGGCAGCGAAGCGAGGGCUGUCCGACACAGACGGAGUCCUCUCCAACUGGAACCCAAGGGACGACAACCCUUGCGGAUGGAAGGGCAUCCUCUGCGACAAUUCCUCCGGCGCCGUCGUCUCCGUCGACCUCUCCAACACCAACAUCAUCGGUCCCUUUCCAUUGGCCCUAUGCCGCCUCUCCCGCCUCUCCUUCCUCUCCCUCGCUAACAACAACGUCAACUCCACCCUCCCCUCGGGCAUCUCCUCCUGCAAGGCGCUUGCCCACCUCGACCUCUCCUCCAACCUCCUGGUGGGCACUCUCCCGGAGACGCUCGCCGACCUGCCGCUGCUUCAGCAUCUUGAUCUCUCUUCCAACAACUUCACCGGCGCCAUACCGGCAUCCUUCGCCCGCUUCCCCAGCUUGCAGGUCCUUACCCUCACGGCGAACCUCCUCAACGAGACCGUCCCUGCUUUUCUUGGCCGCAUCCUCACCCUCCAGCAGCUCAAUCUCGCCUAUAAUCCCUUUGCCGGCGGCCGCCUACCGCCGGAAAUCGGGAACCUCACAAGCCUCCAAAACCUGUGGCUGUCCUUCUGCAACCUCGUCGGCGAGAUCCCGGAUUCCGUCAGUAAGCUCGGGAACCUGACCAACCUGGACUUGUCCAACAACCGCCUCGUCGGUCCCAUCCCCCCGUCCAUCACCUCCCUCCGCAAGGUCGUCCAGAUCGAACUCUUCAACAACUCGCUCUCAGGAGAAAUCCCCUCCGGAAUGGACGCCAUGGUGUCGCUGCUCCGCUUCGAUGCUUCCACUAACAACCUCACCGGCUCGAUCCCUGUCGAACUUUGCCGGCUGAAUCUCGAAUCUUUGAACCUUUACGAGAACCAUCUCACCGGAGGCUUGCCGCCGGAGAUCGCGAACUCGACCCAACUCGUUGAACUCAAGCUCUUCAACAACAUGUUGUCCGGCGUCCUCCCGCCGGAUCUGGGAAAGAAUUCUCGCCUUAUGAUGCUGGACCUCUCGUACAAUCGUUUUUCCGGCGAGCUUCCAGCCCACCUGUGCACUGGGAAGUCGCUCACGGACAUGGUGCUGCUCGACAACGCCUUCUCUGGGCCGAUUCCAGCGAGCUACGGCGAGUGCUCGAGCUUGAACAGGGUCAGACUGAGGAGCAACUCGCUUUCAGGUGUCGUUCCGCCGGCGUUCUGGGGUCUGCCUCACGUCUCGCUCCUAGAGCUCGCCGGAAACCGUUUAACCGGCUCAAUAUCCCCCUUUAUACGGAACGCCGGCAAUCUGUCGCAGCUUAUCGUCUCCGGUAACAGUUUCAGUGGCGAAAUCCCUGCCGAGGUCGGCCAGCUCCACAACCUCGUCGACUUCCAUGGCGACGGAAACGCCUUCACGGGUGCUCUGCCUCGGGGUCUUCUCGGGCUUUCUUUGCUUGCUAAGCUCGACCUGCAGGGGAACAGGAUCUCCGGCAAGCUGCCCAACGAUUUCCGGUCAUGGAAGCAGCUCAGUGAGCUGAACCUCGCCAACAAUCAGCUAGACGGUUCGAUUCCACCGCAAUUAGGCUCCCUUCCUGCUCUGAAUUACCUCGACCUUUCCGGGAACUUGCUUACCGGAUCGGUCCCUCUGGCGCUGCAGGAACUGAAGCUUAAUUCUCUGAACCUCUCGAACAACCAUCUGUCCGGCAGCCUUCCGCCGUUGUUCAAUAACAGGAUCUACGAGAGGAGCUUCCUGGGCAAUCCCGAUCUGUGCAGCAACGCAGACGCGAGCUUCAUGCAGUCGUGCAUACGGCUGCAAGAGGACAGGGCGAAGCACCGAGCGCUCGCGUGGCUUCUCCGGUCGGUGUUUGUCCUCACCGGCGUCAUCCUGGUCCUGGGGAUCGCGUUGUUUUACUGGAGGUACAGGAGCUUCAAGCGAUCGGAGAAGAGGAAGGCCGCCGACAAGUCGAGGUGGACGCUCACCUCCUUCCACAAGUUGGGCUUCAGCGAGUACGAGAUACUCGACAGCUUGGACGAAGAUAACGUGAUCGGCAGCGGCGGCGCCGGUAAGGUCUACAAGGCCGUGCUCAACAACGGGGAGACGGUCGCCGUCAAGAGGCUCUGGGCCACCUCGACCAAGAUGGAGAACAACCACUCCAAGGGCGACAACGGAUUCGAAGCGGAGGUGGCGACGCUGGGGAAGAUAAGACACAGGAACAUUGUGAAGCUGUGGUGCUGCUGUACCCAUAGGGAUUGUAAGCUGCUGGUCUAUGAGUACAUGCCCAACGGGAGCCUUGGCGAUUUCCUGCACAGCAGCAAGGCCGGGCUGCUGGAUUGGCCGACCAGGUAUAAGAUCGCCGUCGACGCGGCGGAGGGGCUCUCCUACCUUCACCACGACUGCGUGCCCCCCAUCAUCCACAGAGAUGUCAAGUCCAACAAUAUCUUGUUGGACGCAGAGUUUGGUGCCCGCGUGGCUGAUUUUGGGGUGGCCAAGAUCCAGGGGACCUAUGGCAAGGGACAUGAUUCCAUGUCAGCCAUCGCUGGUUCUUUGGGUUACAUAGCACCAGAAUAUGCGUAUACGUUGAGAGUGAAUGAGAAGAGUGACAUUUACAGCUUUGGGGUGGUGAUCUUGGAACUGGUAACCGGAAAACGACCUGUGGAGGCAGAGUAUGGGGAAAGCAAGCAUCUCGUGAAAUGGGUGAGCACAACCUUGGAAGAAAAAGGGGUGGAUCAUGUACUGGAUCCCAGACUUGUUAAUAGCGGCUUCAAGGAGGAGAUGUGCAAGGUUCUGAAUGUUGGUCGUCUCUGCACUAGUCCUCUUCCCAUCAACCGACCCACCAUGAGGAGAGUGGUCAAGCUUCUGCUGGAGAUCUGUUCUGAUGACAAAAAUAAUCCUGUAAAGAAGGAUGGUAAACUCUCUCCUUAUUACUAUGAAGAUGCGUCAGAUCAUGGAAGUGCAGCGUAAGGAAGUAAGAAAGGAGUGCGUGUCGUGGCGGUCUUUUCCCGUCUUUAAUUCUUUUGGUGCCUGGCGGCCUGCCUCCUUGGUGGAGUUUCUUUCAUGUGCAGUAAAAGCAAAUAUUUGCACAGUAAGAAGGCGGUGGAGUUCGUAUUGUACAUGAAGCCGGGAUUGAAUGGUGCCGGAGUUCUCGGCCGGCCGCAGGUCGGUCAAUAACAUAAGAUCCUAGAUACAGUAACUCGGCAGGGAUUACCGUGUGCUUGGCUGAUACCCUGUUGGCAAUUUGUCUUUCCACAUCUUUCUCUACUUAACUGGCUCUUGGUUGUGAAGCGUUGGAAAACGAUGGAGUUGAGCACCUAUCUUUUAUGACUGUUAGAGAUGGUACUUUUCAUUUUGUUUUUUUUUUGGGAAGACUAAUCUAACGGGCCUUAUAGAAUAUAACCCAUCUGCCA